AUGAGCCAGAGGGUCUUGCAGAAUUGGAGCACCAGGGGCUGGCUGCUGGCGCUGUGCCUCGCCUGGCUGUGGACCCGCCUGGCCUCGGCUACCCUGCUGCCUCCGACUGCCCCAGUGCUGGCGCGGCAGGGCACCUGCGAGGUGAUCGCGGCCCACCGCUGCUGCAACCGGAACCGCAUCGAGGAGCGCUCCCAGACCGUCAAGUGCUCCUGCUUUUCCGGCCAGGUGGCGGGCACCACGCGGGCCAAGCCCUCCUGCGUGGACGCCUCCAUUGUGCUGCAGAGAUGGUGGUGUCAGAUGGAGCCCUGCCUGCCGGGGGAGGAAUGCAAGGUGCUCCCCGACCUCUCGGGAUGGAGCUGCAGCAGGGGACACAGAGUCAAAACCACCAAGCUGCGCGACCCCUCUUCUCUGUCCCUCGGACCAGCUAAGCGCAUGCCCCGAGGACCCUGGGGCGGCCUGCAGGCGCAGGUGCCGACGUGCCCCCCGGGAGCCACAGGGACCAGGAGAUUUGGGGGCGCCGGCGUCCCCGAGAGCGCAAGCACCUCCGUGGCGCAAGGGGCCUUCUUGGCGCCUACCAUGGCUCUCAGCAGGUCUAUCUGGGCGAUAGCUUAUCCUCCACUCAACACCUUUGCCUGCCUGGAAUCUCAGAUCCCAGUUGGCAUUCUCCCCCUGGACAAAGUGGCCCAGGAUGGAGACGGGAGGGCAGAAAAGACAACUGUCCCAGUGGAUAGAGCUACUCCCUAA